UUAUGAAUUAUUUAAUGCUCUUUAUUAGACCGAAAGUAUUACCAAUUCUAGAAGACAAUAGUCAAAUAGUUCUUCUUGGUAUCAGAAGUAAAAAUGGUUUUGACAACGCAUCGUGAAACUCUUGAUUUUAAUUUAAAGCUCGCUAAAAUAUUCGGGUUAUUUGGAUACUAUGAUCUACCGUUGAAACAGUACCUAGCAAUUAUCACUUUUCGUACGAUCAAUAUAAUAAUGACAACCCUGGUGAUAGUGACCAACACAGCAGAUUUUUUCGUCAACAUAAGCAAUCUAAGUGAGGUGUCUUAUAACAUCGGUUAUAUACUCCCGAUGACUGCAACAAGCUUAAAAGCACUGACAUUUUUUAUGCGGCAAAAAGCCGUGGUGAAAAUCAUCGAAGAGGUCCACGGGCCAGUUACUAAAUUGAUAUCCUCUUCAGACAUCGGAGUGGUGAAUUUGAUAAAAAAAUCAGUAUUUUGGCAGAACGUCGACUUUGGAAUGUUCGUAUGUGCAACUUUUUGUGUCUGCAUGACAGGUUUGCUACCGAUUAGGCAAAUUUUGAGCACCCGGCAGCUGAUGAUUCGCGCAGUUUUUCCAUUUGACGAGAAGCCCUAUCCAAUUUUUGAAAUCGUCUAUGCGCUUCAGUAUUACGGAUUACUGGUAGAAUGCGCUUGGUGCGUAAUAUUUGACCCAGUGGUGAUGGGUCUUGCCAGGUGGAUAACUUUUCAAGUGGACGUUUUGAGGUCUAAUUUUGAGCACUGCGAUGACGGAAUUCCUCGGGCUACUUUUGUAAAAAUUGUAGAUCUAGAAAAGGAACGUGAACGACAAAGUGACAAAAAUGCAAAAAUUAAAGUGUUUAUUCCAUUUUCUGAUGACCAGGCCAAUGAAACCAAUGAUUCAUUUCUACUGAGAUUUUGCCACUGUGUAAAAAAUCAUCGUCGGUUAAUUCAAUGCCUGGAUAAUUUUAAUGAAUUAUUUGGGUUGAUACUCUUUGCUCAAAUUGCCUCUGACUGUCUUUUAACUUGCAUUGGACUGUUCCAAUUUGCUUUGACCAUUAAACGCAAGAGGCAGAAUAACGUGUUCCGUGACAUGGUAAUGCUCGGUUCAGGCCUCAUCCACUUGGGCUAUUGGUCUAUUUACGGUAAUCUACUGAUCAAUGAAGUAAGAUCGUCCUGA